AUGGUUCUGGGCCAAGCUGUCAACAUGAGUUUGAUGGACAUUUCAAAGAUCUUCUCUCUGCUGCAGCCUAAGGAGGAGGAUGAAGACAAUGAGCAGUGCCAGGCUUUGAACAACGCUGUGAGCAGCGACGAUGUGACUCUGCUCGCAGAGCUGCUAUCUCAGGAGAGUUACAGGAGGUCUAUCAAUGCACGAAGCGGGUGGGGGGUCCCAGUAACCCCCCUGCGCACUGCUGCGGCUCUGGGACACCUGAGGUGCUUGGAGCUGUUGUUAGAGCACGGCGCAGAGGUGAGAAACAGAGUGAGCUUGUUUGUAUAGAUUUCAGAUAAGGAUUGUGAGAUUGAUCUUUAGAGUAGUUGCAGAGGGACAGUAAAGCUGCUGGUGGAUGUAAUUCAAGUUUUCUAUUUAAUAACUACAAUUAUAUGCUGUAUACAACCACCACACGUGAGCCAGAAAGGUCACUACAUACUUCAAUAAUGAUUUCAAUUACAGAUCAAAGAUUGUGUCAAUAUUUCUUACUUUCAGUCCAGAACGGCAAGGAAAUAGUGAUUGAGGAGCUCAGGGUACAGGAAGUACAGGACACAAGGGGGCAGAAAAUAUGCAAACAGUAAGGGGAACUAGACAUAAAUUAUUCUGAUACUGCUUUUCAAACCAGUCUUUAUUUUUCAUUCUACAAGGCACAUGAAAAAAAAAAAAUCUGCAGACUCUGGUCUAGUUUCAUGGGCUUUGUCAAGCAGGGGAAGAACUUGAGUAGGGUUGACAGUUAAAAACUUGUAAUGAUGAUAAAAAGAUUGAAUCUAUAAACCAGCAUUGAUGAUAACAGAUUAGUUUUCUACCAUUAUUUUAACAGUCAUGUCAUAAUACUGAAGUUUAAAAUAUAAAUAGUGGCACCCUGUGAUUGUAAAAUAAAUUCUCAGUAAAUUACAAUGUUUUAUUUUUAAUUAUUUACGAGUCUCUCUUACAAACACAAAAUGUCGUUAUUUCCUGGCUCAUUGGUUUCUUCCUUUUAUUCCAAACAGGUAUUCAGUCAGCAUUUAAAUGAAGCCCUGUGUAUACUUGAUAAUUGCACAGCAUGAUGAAAAUUGCUCUUAAGGUUGACCUGAUUUUUCUGCAGGUCUGUAUUUGUUAUUGGGUGCAAAGAGUAAGAAAAUUAAACGUAGAUUUAUUACGUUAAGACCAAAACAGGAAUUGGAUUUUGGGCUUAAAUUAUUAACCAGGAAAUUUUUUUUUUCUGCAUUUUCUGGUUGUAAAUGCAAAAACCAAUGGGGUAAAUGGUGUUAAUAUGUACUUGUUUGUUGACUUUUUCGCUUAUUCAUUAUGCAGAAAAUGUGUUUUUUCUUGUAACAUCACAUUGUUGUUCUGCUGUGUCUGAAUCCAGGUUGACAGCUUGGACGUAAAGGCCCAGACUCCUCUGUUCACAGCUGUCAGUGGGAAGCAUUUCGACUGUGUCGUGGCCCUGCUGAAGGCCGGGGCCGAUCCUAAUGGCAGCCAGUACAACAACUGCUCCCCAGUGCUGACUGCAGCUCGGGAGGGAGACCUGGACAUUCUCAGAGAGCUGCUGCGCUUCGGAGCUGAGGUGGACGUCAAACCCAAAGUCCCUGAUUGGGCCUCUAAUGCAACAGCCUGCAGGGGACCUCUUUAUAUCUCAGCUGUUUAUGGACACCUGGGCUGCUUUAAACUGCUUCUGCUCCACGGGGCUAACCCUAACUACAACUGCACAGAUGAGAAGAUGCUGGCACGGAUAAAGCAGCCAAAGACGGUUCUUGAGGUAUGUCUGCGGUACGGCUGUGGGGUGGAGUACAUCCAGCUUCUCAUAGACUUUGGGGCAGAUGUGUAUCUACCCACACUGAUCAUUGACAAAACCACAAAGCAGAAUGAAGCUCUGGUUCUGCUGCUCAAAGAAAGAGGUGAGACAGUUGCUAUACUUUGUUCACUAUGCACUGCCUAAAAUCCUGAAUUUGUACUUAGCUUUAUUAUUUUUUCUUUGUUUCUGUUACAGUUUGCCCCAAAACACUGAUGACACAGACUCGUCUAGCAAUACGAAGAAACAUCGCCUUGGCCAAUAAGGAGCCUGCUAUUGACAGUUUGGACAUUCCUCUUAUCAUGAGAAACUAUUUGAAGCAUGAGACCUCUGAACUCAUAUGA